AUGUACAACAUAAUUCCCUGGCUGAUGAAGUGGCUACCUGGACCUCAUAAGACAAUGUUCACUCUGACACAAGAGGUAAAGGACUUUAUAGAAAUCAGGAUCAAAGACCACAGAGAAAUCCUUGACCCAGCGUCACCGAGAGACUAUAUUGAUGCCUUUCUUAUAGAAAUGGCAAAGAACGAGGAGAACGAUUCAAGUUUUUCUCUCAGUACCUUACACGCUUGCACCAUGGACCUGUUUUUUGCUGGAACUGAAACUACUACCACUACUUUACGCUGGGGGUUGCUUUACAUGAUCUACUACCCUGAUAUACAAGAGAGAGUUCAAGCUGAGAUUGAUGCUGUGGUUGGUUCGUCCAGACAGCCCUCUGUGAGUGACCGAGAAAACAUGCCCUAUACUGAUGCUGUCAUUCAUGAGAUUCAGAGAAUGGCCAACAUCAUUCCUCUCAAUGUGCUUCAUAUGACAGUCAAGGAAACUACAGUGGAUAAAUACACAAUCCCAAAGGGUACCAUGAUCGUGGCUACUCUGGACUCAGUCUUACAUGAUGAGUCAGUGUGGGAAACUCCGCACUCUUUCAACCCUCAACACUUUCUGGACAAGGAUGGUAAAUUUCGCAAGAGAGAUGCUUUCCUUCCAUUUUCUGCAGGCAAGCGUGUGUGUCUUGGAGAACAGCUGGCCAGGAUGGAGUUGUUUUUGUUUUUCACCUCCCUCCUUCAGAGGUUUUCUCUUUCGCCACCUGCUGGAGAGCAGCCCAGUCUGGAGUUCCAGUUGGGAGCCGCACGCUGUCCCAAACCUUACCGCCUCUGUGCUGUACCGCGUUAAACCAUCAACUAUGACAAAACUGAAAUUGUCUGAUACUCAGUUUGAUGAAUCAAUGUCCUCCAUCAUAUUUGUCAUAUGAAGCAUUAUCUAUACCUGCUAAAUUCUUCUCACCAUGGAGACCUUUUAAAGGAGCCAUUCCAUCCAUUGUAUUCAACAAAUAAAAAUUUGAAAGGUUUACAAUAUUAAAUUACAACUUUUUAAGAGAUCACAUUCCACUGCAUAUGCAUGAUAAUCGCUGUCAUAAGCAAACAUUUACAAGGACUUCAGUAAAAUUUUGACAAUAAGAUAAAUACAGCUGGACAAAAAAAACAGUAUUCUGUUUUUAACGUUUAAUAGUACUGCAGAGAUAUUUACAUAGGAUUCAAACUUUAAUUUAUUAAGUUUAAUCUACACUUGAGUCAGUGUCUACAUUGAAAACAAAAUCCCACCAUAUCUUGGUGGAUUUGCUUGUAUGUCGAGGAUCAAUAACCUAUUUUAGUUCAAUUAUCCAAAAGAUGAUUUCACAUAAUCUUUAAGUACUCUAUGAAACAAUGCUUAUUUGAUUCAGUGUUUUGAAGUUGCUCAGUGCUUGAGGCAGGAAUGCAAUUCUAUAAUUUUGCACCACUGUGCUUGAUGAUUACUCUUAGAUUCUGUCUUUGUGUUGCACAAAACCACUCGCUGUGUUUAGUCAGUUUUGUUGGCACUGACGGACCCUCAUGAAACAGUGACCUCCUGGUUAAUGAAGCUAACACUCGUCAAUGAUGUGUUUAAAGUAUUUUAAGAUUCUGGAAAUAUAUCAGAAUAGUAAAAAAAAAUUCUGUUUGCUUUGAUGGUAUUUUGAAGGUGUUCUGCUAAACGUGGUAAUCCUUAUCUUGACUUUCCCAAUUUCUUUAAAAGAACAUAAGAAAUCAGUUGUUAUUCUACAGUAGACUCUCUAUGAUAUAACCUAAUGGGCGGGUUGAUUACCAACAAUCUUAUGUCACUCUUAAACAAGAAGGCCCUUUUAAAUUCACAAACUAUUUUGAAAAGUAUAUAGGUUUAUGUUUAUUUGGAUAUCAGAGGAAUGCAGGCAAACCAGGUGGUGACAGGGUGAUCUUAAUAACCAUAAUAAUUUAUUUCAGUUGGUGUGAGUGUUUUUAUUUUUCAUACCACUGCUUGUUAUAAAAUGCACAAUGUCAUAAAUAAAUAGAUUUUCUGCAUGCA